CCGUACUUAAUCAAAAACAUUUUCAAUCAGCUAACAUAGUUAAAACACAUUUCAGUAAAAUUUGUAAAUUUGUAUAUAUUUAAGAGCAGAUGUCGGCCAUUAGGUAUCGUCCCUUCUAUGGCCGCAGCAUCGCCUACACCGAGGACAACAUUGAGGUAAAGAAACUGUUUUUGCACGGUCUGCCAAUCGAGAUGGAAUCGGACGUGUUGUCGAAAUACUUCAGCAGCUUUGGCAAAGUGCUGCACAUGGAGUUGACAGAGAAGGCGAGUGACAACAGAUUCAAACAUGGCCACGUCCUGUACGAAAGCUCGCGCGAUGCAGCCGAUGUGCUGCAGAAGGAGAGGCAUUUGAUAGAUGAACAGCUGGUUAAGGUGGCGGCGUUUUAUAGCUGGGGUCAGCCGGGGUCGGUUGAGCGCUGUGGGUCCAUUUGCCAAAUGUCGCCUAUAAUGAGGCUUAAUGAUGAUUGCCUGCUCUGCAUAUACCGUUAUCUAACGCUUGUGGAGCAAUUGAGCCUGGCACGCGUCCUGAAGCGUUGCCCGCCCCUUUAUAGCUCCAUAAAUCUGGGCAUCUUCAAGGGGCUCAGCCUGUGGGAUAUUCGUGAUUUUCUCCAGCUAUUCGGGCAGCAUCUGAGCCAAGUUGUUGGCCAAAUACCUCGUAAUCAUCACCAGCGGCUGAUUGAAUACGUGGCCAGCCACUGUCAACGACUUAAGGUGCUGCGCAUUAGAUAUAGUCCUUUAUCGUUGCGUAAUAUGUUUAAGCUCUUUGCUCAACUUCAUCAGCUCGAGGACUUGGAGCUCUCGAACUGUGAUCUCAAGGAUGAUUACCUGCUGGCAUUGAGUCAUCUGGGUAAGCUCAAGAAACUGAAUCUCUGCUAUAAUGACAUGCUCACUGGCCAGCAGAUGGAUAAGCUGCCCAAGUCUAUAGUAUCAUUGGAUCUGUUAUAUUGCUUCGAUAUGCAGUUUACGCUCCUGCCAAACAUCUGCAGCCGCUUGCCCAGACUCAAAGAGCUGAGCGUAAAGGCUGUGCACACAGAGCAAACGGAUGUAUUUCGGGAGUUGGUCGACGACCAUUGCUGCGACAGUCUGGAGAGACUCACACUGAAGACGCUCAGCUAUCAGGAGCAACCCCUUCAUCUGGAGUACCUGGCCAAGCUGCCCGAGCUGAGGCAGUUGAUCAUGCACGAUAGCCCGCCCAGCUUUAAGCUGCUGCAGUGGCUGGUGGCCUUCAAGUCGGAUCAGUUAACACAGCUGGAGAGCAAUUCACGCAUCUCACUAGAUGCCAAACACCUCGAGCUGAUUGCUCAGCUGAAGGCAUUGCGCAUUCUGUCGCUGCCCCAUCACAAUCAGAUCGACAAUAUUGUCAUGGCCAAGCUGUGCAGUCUGCAAGACUUGGAACACAUCUCGUUGCAGUCGUGCAAGCAAGUCACAGAGCAAGCGAUUCUGCGUCUGCUGCUGAGCUGCAAGCGGCUGCACGUGCUGCAUCUGGAGCGCUGCGUCCUGCUUUCUGGCCAGCUCAUCUAUAGCGUUAUUGGCGUGCUGCGUGAAGAGCUGCGCAGCGGACUGCAUCAGCGACAAUUGCCAGUCGAGUUGUUCUUCUAUGGUGUGAAAUUUAAUGAGUUUGUGCUUCAGCAUCUCGAUUCGACUGCUAAGGAUGUGGUGCAUGUGGAGCUGACUCUUUCUCCAAAUUGGGCCUAAGCUAAUACUCUCCUGAGCUGUUUAACAGGAU